GAUACAAUUACAUACGUCUCCUAUUGACAUUGUAGACUUAAUUUGUUUUCGAUAUUCAUACUACGAAUCAAGCGCCCUCGCUGAGUGUAUGAGCGAUAAAUACAAUCUUGGCCAGAUGGAGAUCUCUUUCUCGCGGAAACCGUCUGUCGUGGUCAUUGCUGUAGCCUUGGCUCUUUCGCUACUUUGGUUGGUAGCACAAACAGUGCAGUAUGUAGGGGCAUCGUUCGAUCCAUUCGCUUCGGACUGGAAGGCAGAGUCGUCUACGUUUGCGCCAAAGGACUCCACAUACAUACCCAUCAUGUCACAGAUUCUGUUUCGACAUGGCGAUCGGACAGCUGUGACUUCGCCCAUACCGAAGGUUUCCUAUCCAGCUGCAGACUACUACAUGUGUGAUAUGGGUAGGAUUGAAAGUUUUACCUACAAGGGAGACAAUUCGAAGGAACGGCCGAAUCCAUCUUUAAAAAUAAUCGCGACCGACGACGAACACGAGCCUGUGUGUGAAAAGGGGCUUCUGACUGCUAAAGGUUGUCGCCAACACGUUGCUCUUGGUGGGAAGAUGCUUCAGAAAUAUGGCAACUACUAUCUGCAGACAUCCACGAGUGAGAGACUGAGUUUGACACAGCUUCAUGCCACCAACUACGAUAGAACACACAAGUCACUGGCGUGUUUUCUCAAAGGGUUUCGUCUAUUUGAAGGUGAAGCCAAUCUCGAUGUGAAGGUCGCGCAGCAGGCCAGUACCAUAUUGCACCCGAAUUCGCACUGUCAGCAAUUUGUCGAUGCAAUAUCAGAUGUGUACACAACCCCGGAGUGGAUCACCAGGUGGAAGUCCCAUGGCGAGCCUUUAGUCAACCCAGUUGCUCAUGAACUGGGUAUUGCGGAAGACGAACUCUUGCGCUAUAUAACCUCGAAAGGUAAGAAGGGACCUUUGUGGGAGUCUGUCUUCGACCAGCUGCAUGUCCGUAUGUCGCAUGCACUCGGCUUCCCAGGAACACUCACACAGGACAUGUACGACAGGGUGCGGAAGGAGGCCUCGGUGCAGUUGGGCAUCGCAUUUUCUGACCAGACAAUGCUGGAAAUAGGCACGAUGGCGUUGAUGCAGAUGCUCUACGAUGAGAUGGACCGCAGAUUCACCGACUACAAGAAAAAUCGAUCUCCGAAUUUGAAUGAUAGGCUGCAACUGCGCUUAUAUUCCGGUCACGAUACCACUAUAAUUCCCAUGUUGUGUGCGAUGGCUGUGUACGAUGAUGAGUGGCCCGGUUACGCCAGCCAUUUCGAUAUACAGCUCGCUGUGAAAGAUGAGAAUCCAUUUGUGAGAGUAUACUACCAGAACUCAGACACUGACACAUCUGAACGACUUUUGAAGCUGCCUGGUUGUGCACAAGACGUUUGUACGUUGAAGGAAUUCAAAGCGAUCGCUUAUCAAUAUAGGCGUAAUAGAGAAUGCGACGCUAUUCCGUAACGCAAUUAACGGUGUGUUAGCAGCUAAGAAAAUAGGCUCACCCUCUGCACUUUUUCGGUCAGUUGACACGCGGCAUUAUAUCAGAUUCGGGGUCACGCGGAAACUCAACCGAGUCCUCUAACUCGCGUAUCUGAUAUGAGAAUCCAUGUGGUCCGUCAUCGCAUCCGCCCGGUGUUUCACCACAUUCAUCUGGUGUUUUACUGUGUGUAUGGUAUAUCAGAGCCGAGAUGUAUUCUCUGUCGGUGAUCCGAGAAUGCUUACGUAACAGUAAUAAGCCGAGCAUCCAAUGAUAUAGGAAGCUCUUUGUAGAUAGAUGUUUAGAUGCACGGAGUCAGUCUCCGAUAAAGAAUUUACUAUUGUCGAGUAUAUGCAUGGAAGGAGAAUGAGAAUGUGUAAUAUUCAUUGACAAUUAUCCAGAGUGGAUAUUAAGUACCGGGUGUUAAUUUGAAGUCAGAUUGUAAAUUAUGCGGUUUUGUAGGGUACCAUCUCGGAUACGUGAUUCCGUGUGACUAGAUCAUAUACACCAACAAAUAAUUGUUCGCUAUCGAGAGACACGGCCCAAAUACCCUCUAUAAUCCAGCUGGAUCGCAUCACGGGCGCCUAAUUCACUAUGCUUGAUCCGGUUAUGUCAAAGCGGUUGAAAAACAAUCGGCGGACAGCUACAACGAGCUAAUAGCACGCUUUGUACCCGUUCUUCAGCAAUUUCUUAGUAAAACGAUGCAUAUUGACAUUCC